AUGCACUUCAAAGCAAUCGCCGCCAGCAUAGCGGCCCUCGGCGCGCUCGUGCUCGCCCAGACCCCAGGCUUCGACGCCAUCUCGCGACCGGGCUACUACGAGACCGUACCUGCGGGCGAGGCAUACAGCGUCCAAUGGGCACCCAACGACGUCGCGGGCACCGUGACGCUCCAGCUACUUGGCGGGCCUUCUCCGGCGCGGUUGUUCGUCUUGGGGACCGAUGCCGUGGUAUUCUUUUCCGUUUCAUAUUGGGAAGUUUGUGCCAUCCGCGGCGGCUUCCACGGCGGCAUCUACAGCGGCAUCUACGGCGGCAUCUACGGCGGCAUCUACGCCAGCGUCUUCGUCAGUAUCUACGCCAGCGUCUUCGUCAGUAGCUACGCCAGCACCUUCGUCGGUGUCUGCGCCAGCAUCUUCGUCAGUAUCUACUACAAGACCAAGACAAACUUUCACGUUCACGUCCGCGCCAACGACCUUGCUGACAUCAACCGGAACACCAUCAAAGACACCGUCACCAAUCCCAUCAUCAACUUCAUCAACAAGCCCGUCAAAAACACAGUCGCCAACUCCAUCAUCAACCUCAUCGACAAGCUCAUUGAAAACAGCAUCGCCAAUCCCAUCAUCAACCUCAUCGACCACGCCAAAGUCAUCACCAACAGAAAAUUCAUGUCCGGUGCGGCGAUAAUCGACGACCUGUGA